UGGCAGCGGUCCAAGCAGAAAACCAAGUCACCUACUCUGCCUCCCAUCCUGCAAACCAGAGGCCACCAGAAGAGCAAAACGAAGACUUUGACUAGCGUCCUGCCAGGGUUGCAUUCCAAGCCCACCGCGUCUAUGACAAGCCAGCUGAGGAAUCCACAAGAAAAGCACAGAGGAAGGUUGGACUCCGGGAAGACACAGAAGAAAAUGCGACUUUUGAGGGCGUUGCUCAGGAACAGGCGAACCACGCUGCAGGAGCUCUCCAGCCAUGAGGUCUUUCUCACCAAGCUCAACCUGGAGCUGAUCAAGGACAUCCAGGACAUGGAAGACAGCUCGGCCCUGAAAGUGCGCACGAUGCUGCAGGAGCAGGACAUCCUCCAAACUACUGUGGACAUCUUGGAGUACUCGAACAAGAAGAAGCUGCAGCAGCUCAAGUGUGAACUUAAGGAGUGGGAGGAGAAGGAGGAGUCCAAGUUGAAGUCCCUGGCGCAGCAGGUAGAGCAGCUGAAUGCCAAGAUUGAGAAGACCUACAAGGAAGUUAGCUUCCUGAGCACGUACAUGGACCAUGAGUAUCCUGUCAAGUCGGUCCAGAUCGCCAGCCUUGUGCGUCAACUGCAGCAGAUAAAGGACAACCAGCAGGAUGAGCUGGAUGACCUUGGUGAGAUGCGCAGAAUGGUCCUGCAGUCUUUGUCUAAUCAGAUUCAGAAGAAGAAGAAAAAGCUUCUGCAAGCUCUGGUGGUGAAAAGCCAGCAGCCCCAUCAGGAAGCUCUUCUGCAGAAGACCCGGGACAACCAGGACAUGCUGAAGUACAUGGACAAGUUCCGAGAAGUGCACCCCAGACAUGGACGUCAUCCUCAACAUCCCCGUGGAAGAGCUACUGCCCUUCUAGAUGCUGGGUCCAGGGGCCAGCCUUUCCUCCCUGCUCUUUUUUCUAUACCUGGAGCCUUGACUUAUCUUCUUCUCUGAGCACAUGCCCACUUUCAGAGCCUGGUCUCCUCUUCCUCCCUUCCUUCCUUCCCCGCCUCCCUUUCU